UUGCAACAGCUGAGGCACCCUGGUUGGGAAACACUGUUGUAGGCAGUCACUAGUCAGUGCAGCUCCUAACCCAGGGAAAGUUAUGUUUGUCCAGCAGUUGUUGUGUAAGUGUGGAGUGAAGCAGGAAUUCAUUCACAGGCAGCAGAGCCAUGUCCAAGAUCCUGAUAGUAGGUGCGGGGCUGACAGGGAGCCUGUGUGCCUACCUGCUGAGGAAGGAGCUAGCCAACAAACUGCAGCUAGUCAUAUGGGACAAGGCCCGGGGCGCAGGGGGGCGCAUGUCUACAAGUCGGUCUCCUUCGGACCCAAACUGUAUGGUUGACUUAGGAGCCCAGUAUAUCACAGUCACUCCGGAUUAUGCCCAGAAGCACAAAACGUUUCACGAUGAACUAGUGGCUAAUGGUAUCUGUAAACCUCUUAGUGCCGCAGUAGAAGGAAUGGUUAUGAAAGAAGGAUCUUACAACCUAGUUACACCUCAGGGAAUCUCUUCAAUUGUUAAACACUACCUCAACCAGUCAGGUGCUGAUGUCUUUUAUGAACAUCAUGUUACACACAUAAACCUUCGUGAGGGAAGAUGGGAAGUUUGUAAAAAGUCUGGGUCCCCUGAAAACUUUGAUGUUGUGGUUCUCACAAUGCCAGUACCACAAAUCCUGCAGCUGCAAGGUGAUAUCUCAAAAUUAAUUAAGGAAAGCCAAAGGCGGCAACUGGAAACUGUGAGCUACUCCUCCCGCUAUGCUUUGGGACUCUUUUAUGAAACUGGCACACAGAUUGAUGUCCCCUGGGCAGCAAAGUACAUCAAUGAUAAUCCUUGUGUACGCUUCAUCUCCAUUGAUCAUAAGAAACGCAAUGUAGAGUCUUCUGAAAUUGGGCCAUCCCUUGUUGUCCACACCAGUGUACCAUUUGGAAAAGAGCACUUAGAGCAAGAGAAAGAAGCUGUACAGCCCCUGAUUCUGAAGCAACUAAAUUCAAUUCUGCCAAAUCUUCCUCAACCAAGGGAUGUCAAGUGUCAGAAAUGGCGAUACUCUCAGGUUACAGAGGCCUUUCCUGAUUGUCCAGGUCAGAUAAUCCUGCACAGCAAGCCUUUCCUUCUAUGUGGUGGAGAUGGAUUUACACACUCAAACUUUGAUGGAUGUACUGAAUCGGCAUUGCAGAUUGUGAAAGCUCUGGUCUCGCAGGCACAGCAUUGACACUAGGCGAUCAUAUAUAACGUAGCUAUGUGAUCAUAUACAUUUUUAUGGGUGAGCAUUACCACACUGUGCUCUCAGCUUAAUUACGUUUAUUGUUGAGAAUGGUUUUUUGGCAUCAUAUCAAACUGAUGCUUUUAUUCAUAUGACUGUGAGUAACUUUAUAUCUAUUGUUUGUUAUGGAAUAAUGAAACUGAUUUAUUAAAGCUUUUAUGGCUUUGUCAUGUUAUUUAAGGCUUA